AUGAGAGGUCGAGGACGUGGAGUUCAGGGUCGAGGACGUGGAGUUCAGGGUCAUGGUAACCGUGUCAGAGAGGAGACACCAGCUGUCACUAAGAGUAGCAGAGAAGAGACAUUAGCUGCCACUGAGGAGAGUAGUCACAACGGAAGUCAGGCAUCUGCGCAUGUUGGACAUGGAGUGGAUCCUGCCGUGAUAACGGCAGCUAUGGUAGAGGGACUCAGGCAGGUUUUUGGACAACAACCUCCGCCUCCGCCUCCGCCCCCGGCUCAAGAAUUCAGGCAAGAUUACUGGAGGGUUCGGGAUUAUGGGAAUCAUAUUGAUCUGGUGGAGAGAGCUUCGCUGACAGAGCGUAAUAUUGAGGAUGAGAAUAAGCUGCUUAAGAGUGGCACACAGAAGACCGCUAAGACGGUGGAACCGUCGAGGCAACAGCAUGAUAACCGAGGAUCUACAUAUGGGAAGGACAAAGGGGUGUUGUGUACUCGGUGUGGGAAAAGCCACACUGGACCUUGUAUGAUUCCACUGGGUUGUGCUUCAAUUGUGGUCAGCCAGGACAUACUAAGACGAUGUAUAGGAAGUUCAUGGGACUGUAGAGUAAGACAGUAUGGACAAGGACAGUAUGGACAUGUUCAGACUAAUCAGAAUCGAGAACAAUUACCUCCGGCUCCGAAAAGACAAGCCAUAGCACCGCGGGCCUUCGUCGCUGGAGAUCACGAGGGGGUGCAGAACCAAUUGCGGGUAUGUUUCAAUUAUUGUCGUUUACUCAUAAUUGAUGGGAUGUUUGAGGAAGGAAUAUCAGUACUUGUGUGA